AUGGAAGAUCGGAUUCGCGAUGUCUUGCGCCUUGAGCCUCGUUCCAAUAUUACGGUAGCGCUGGUGGAUCGCAACGGAGAGGCAGGGGAGGAGAGCAAAGCCUCCCUGGACGAGCAGUUUGAGCCUCAGAGGACUCUGUUCAUUCAGUGCGAUGUGGCGGAUCAGGAACAGCUGAAAGGAGCUUUCAAUAAAGCAGUUGAACAUUUUGGAAGGCUGGACAUUUUGGUUAAUAAUGCUGGAGUGAAUAAUGAAAAGGACUGGGAAAGCACUAUACACAUUAAUUUGACUUCCGUGAUUAGAGGAACGUACAUUGGCCUGGAGUACAUGAGAAAAGGAAAUGGAGGUGAUGGAGGUGUAAUUAUUAAUAUAUCAUCUAUGGCAGGACUCAUGCCUGCUACACACCAACCAGUGUACUGCGCUACAAAGCAUGGCAUAAUUGGAUUCACUCGGUCAAUGGCAAUGGCUGCUGAAAUGAAAAAUUAUGGAGUGCGUCUAAACACGAUUUGUCCAGGUUUUGUUAACACACCAAUUCUUCAGUCAAUUGAUAAAGAAGAGAAUAUGGGGCAAUAUUAUGCAUACAAGGAUGAGAUCAAAGACAUGAUGAAAUUCUAUGGUGUGAUGGACCCAUCGCUAAUUGCCAAGGGACUGAUAAUGCUUAUUGAAGAUGAAACUUUAAAUGGAGAGGUGAUGAAGAUUACAGUUUCCCAGGGGAUCCAUUUUCAAAAAUACAACACACUUCCUUUUACAUCAACACAAUAGAGCUAAUCCUCUGAUCUUUGCUUUAAUGUAAAUAUGAUUUAAAGAAUAAAACUGUUUCUUUGAAAAAAUACGAAUGUAGUUCAUAUCCAACCAGUGAUGUGAUUUGAACACUCCCAUGCAAAUAAUAAUGCAAUUAGGAGAAAAUGUUGUAUUGUAACAUGUUAACCUCUUACUUUGAUUCAAAGUGCUGCUGAUGGUAUUGUGUCUUUGAUAAAAUAAGCUCAAUGUAUAAAAUAUUUGUGUUGAUUCAGUAAUGGGGAGACAAAUUCUGUCCAUUUGUAAUUAUAUGUAAUUAUCUCCAACCUGCAUAUUGCACAUGAAUGUUAAGUUUAUUUAGAGAUGCUUGAGAUAAUCAGUAUACUUGCCUUUAUUGUAAUAUAUGUGUAGCUAUUGUCAUACUUUGUCAUUGUCUUUGUAACAGCACACUUCAUUUCAGGGAUUGUUUUACUAAAGGACACAAAUAUAGUCAUAAGGAAGCAAUGCUUUCUUCCUUGUUUGAACAAACAAGUCUCAAGAGAACAAAUUUUGCUCCAAUUUUCCCCAUAUACCCAUAUUCUUGCACUUGGUUUAAAGCAACGUGGGUUUUGCUCUUUGGAUUCCAGUUAUACAUAAAACAGUCUAAAAGGCAUUUUGUUUUAUAUAUAUGUAAACAGUCUCUGUACAUAUAUGAAUGAAUAUUUUCUUACUUUGUUACCAAAGAGUGCUGGAAAUAUUUGAAUUUUCUCUUAGGUCAUCUCUAAUUUGUAUAAUGCUACUCUCCAUUCUUAAUUAAAACCUCAAUUAAAA